AUGUCGGCGGCCAUGUGGAAAUGGACUUGCCUGAUUUCCCACCUGCUCCUAUCUACCAUGAUGUCAUCCCUUGCUAGGCAACAGCCACCUCAUCCAAAGAGGCCCUUUGCCACUUUCUCCGGAGAGCAGGCAGAGGGGACUUUUAACCACUUGGUGGUUGAUGAAAAAACUGGGCACAUUUACUUGGGGGCCGUCAACAGGAUCUACAAACUCUCCAAUGACCUAAAAGUUCUGGUGACCCACCAGACUGGUCCAGAUGAGGAUAACCCAAAGUGCUAUCCUCCCAGGAUAGUCCAGACUUGCAAUGAACCCUUGACUCUCACUAACAAUAUCAACAAGAUGCUCCUGAUAGACUACAAGGAGAACCGGUUGAUCGCCUGUGGGAGCCUUUACCAGGGGAUCUGCAAGCUGUUGAGGCUGGACGACCUCUUCAAGCUGGGAGAGCCCUUCCAUAAGAAGGAGCAUUACCUCUCUGGGGUAAACGAGAGUGGCUCUGUUUUUGGAGUCAUCGUUUCUUACAGCAACAUGGAUGACAAGCUGUUCAUUGCCACAGCCGUGGACGGCAAGCCGGAGUAUUUCCCCACCAUCUCCAGCAGGAAGCUCACCAAGAACUCCGAGGCAGACGGGAUGUUCGCUUACGUCUUUCACGACGAGUUCGUGGCCUCUAUGAUCAAGAUCCCCUCAGACACGUUCACCAUCAUCCCCGACUUCGACAUCUACUACAUCUACGGCUUCAGCAGCGGCAACUUCGUCUACUUUCUGACCCUGCAGCCCGAGAUGAUUUCCCCACCUGGCUCCACCACCAAGGAGCAGGUCUACACCUCCAAGCUGGUCCGGCUCUGCAAGGAGGACACAGCCUUCAACUCCUAUGUCGAGGUGCCCAUUGGCUGCGAGAAGAACGGGGUGGAGUACCGGCUCCUCCAAGCAGCCUAUUUAUCCAAGGCAGGUGCCAUCUUGGCCAGGUCCUUGGGUGCCAGCCCUGACGACGAUAUCCUCUUCACAGUCUUCUCCAAGGGGCAGAAGAGGAAAAUGAAGUCCUUGGAUGAGUCUGCUCUGUGCAUCUUCAUCCUGAAAAAGAUCAACGACCGCAUCAAAGAAAGGCUUCAGUCCUGCUACAGGGGAGAGGGGACCUUAGAUCUGGCCUGGCUCAAAGUCAAGGACAUUCCCUGUAGCAGCGCGCUGUUAACAAUUGAUGACAAUUUCUGCGGCCUGGAUAUGAAUGCCCCUCUGGGAGUAUCGGAGAUGGUGCGAGGUCUCCCCAUCUUCACCGAAGACGGGGACAGGAUGACAUCCGUGAUCGCCUACGUCUACAAGAACCACUCACUGGCGUUCGUGGGCACCAAAAGUGGCAAGAUGAAAAAGCACUUCCUUGACUUGUUUUCUCUCUCUUCCCAUCUAGUGCAAUCGUACGAGAUCGUGCAGGUGGUGGACACCGGCCCCAUAUUACGGGAUAUGGCCUUUUCAGUGGAUCAUGAGCACCUGUACAUCAUGUCUGAGAAGCAGCUGACCAGAGUGCCUGUGGAGUCGUGCGGGCAGUACAAGACCUGCAGCACGUGCCUGGGCUCCGGGGACCCGCACUGUGGCUGGUGUGUGCUUCACAACACGUGCACCCGGAAGGAACGGUGCGAGCGCUCCAGCGAGCCUCGGAGAUUCGCCUCGGAGAUGAAGCAGUGUGUCCGGCUCACCGUGCAUCCCAACAACAUCUCCGUCUCCCAGUACAACGUGCUGCUGGUCUUGGAGACCUACAACGUCCCUGAGUUGUCAGCAGGGGUCAACUGCACCUUCGAGGACCUUUCCGAGAUGGACGGCUUGGUGGUGGGGAACCAGAUCCAGUGCAUCUCCCCGGCUGCCAAGGAGGUGCCCCAGAUCAUCAUGGAGAAUGGAGACCAUCACAUUGUCCAGCUCCAGCUGAAGUCCAAGGAGACAGGCAUGACCUUCGCCAGCACCAGCUUUGUCUUCUACAACUGCAGUGUCCACAACUCGUGUCUGUCCUGUGUGGAGAGCCCCUAUCGGUGUCACUGGUGCAAAUAUCGCCACGUCUGCACCCACGACCCCCGUUCCUGCUCCUUCCAGGAAGGGCGAGUCAAGCUGCCAGAGGACUGUCCUCAGUUGCUCCAGGCAGACAAGAUCCUGGUGCCGGUGGAAGUGAUCAAGCCAAUCACCCUGAAAGCCAAGAACCUGCCACAGCCGCAGUCGGGGCAGCGGGGCUAUGAGUGUAUCCUGACUAUCCAGGGCAACGAGCAGCGGGUCCCCGCCCUGAGGUUUAACAGCUCCAGCGUGCAGUGCCAGAACACCUCGUAUUCAUAUGAAGGGAUGGAGAUUAACAGCCUGCCGGUGGAGCUGACAGUCGUGUGGAAUGGGAAUUUCAACAUUGACAACCCAGCGCAGAACAAAGUGCACCUGUACAAGUGUGGGGCCAUGCGGGACAGCUGCGGCCUGUGCCUGAAGGCCGACCCAGACUUCGAGUGCGGCUGGUGCGAGGGACAGAACCAGUGCACGCUGAAGCACCACUGCCCCAUCCAGGAGAACCAGUGGCUGGAACUGUCCGGGACCAAGGGCAAAUGCACCAAUCCCCGGAUCACCGACAUCAUCCCGGUGACGGGCCCUCGGGAAGGAGGAACCAAAGUGACAAUCCGGGGGGAGAAUCUGGGCCUGGAAUUCCGGGACAUUGCAUCUCAUGUCAAAGUGGCUGGAGUGGAGUGCAAACCACUGGUGGAAGGAUACAUCCCAGCAGAGCAGAUAGUGUGCGAGAUGGGAGAGGCCAAACCCAGCCAGCACGCCGGAUUCGUGGAGAUCUGCGUGGCCGAGUGUAAGCCCGAGUUCAUGGCCAGGUCCUCCCAGCUCUUCUCCCGCUGGCUGUUGCCUUCUUGGCUGCCAGUUACUCCAUCCCGGGGUCCAGUGUCGGGGGGCACACAGGUGACCAUUACAGGCACCAACCUGAAUGCUGGCAGCAACGUUGUGGUGACAUUUGGUCGGCAGCCCUGUCUCUUUUACAGGAGGUCCACGAAGCACAUUGUCUGUAACACCACAGCCUCGGACGACGGCUUUGAUAAGGUGAAGGUGUCCGUGAGGGUGGACAAGGCCAAGAUACAUCAGGAGUUGCAGUUUGAGUACAUGGAGGACCCCACCAUCCUGAGGAUUGAGCCGGAGUGGAGCAUCAUCAGUGGAAACACCCCCAUAGCCGUGUGGGGAACUCACCUGGACCUUAUCCAGAACCCUCAGAUCCGGGCCAAACAUGGUGGGAAAGAACACGUCAAUAUCUGCGAGGUACAGAACGCCACGGAGAUGACCUGCCAGGCCCCAGCACUGCCCGUGGACCCAAAUCACCAGUCCGAGCUAACCGAGCGCCCAGAAGAGUUUGGUUUCAUCCUGGAUAAUGUUCAGUCCCUGCUGAUCCUCAACAAAACCAACUUCACCUACUACCCAAACCCAGUCUUUGAGGCUUUCAACCCCUCGGGGAUCCUGGAGCUGAAGCCAGGAACUCCCAUCAUACUAAAGGGGAAGAACCUUAUCCCGCCAGUGACUGGAGGGAAUGCCAAGCUGAAUUACACCGUGCUGAUAGGCGAGAAGCCAUGUGUGGUGACCGUGUCGGACGUGCAGCUGCUGUGCGAGUCCCCGAACCUCAUUGGACGGCACAAAGUGAUGGCUCGAGUGGGAGGAUUGGAGUUCUCCCCGGGGAUGGUCUACAUCUCUCCCGACAGCCCGCUCAGCCUGCCGGCCAUCGUCAGCAUCGCCGUGGCUGGCGGCCUGCUCAUCAUCUUCAUCGUGGCCGUGCUGAUUGCGUACAAGCGCAAGUCCCGCGAGAGCGACCUGACCCUCAAGCGACUGCAGAUGCAGAUGGACAACCUGGAGUCCAGGGUGGCACUGGAGUGCAAGGAAGCUUUUGCAGAGCUUCAGACAGACAUUCACGAGCUGACGAGCGACUUGGAUGGCGCUGGCAUCCCCUUCCUUGAUUACCGCACCUACACCAUGAGGGUGCUUUUCCCUGGCAUUGAAGACCACCCUGUCCUGCGGGAUCUGGAGGUCCCUGGCUAUCGGCAGGAGCGGGUAGAGAAGGGUUUGAAGCUCUUCGCCCAACUCAUCAACAACAAGGUGUUCCUGCUGUCCUUCAUCCGCACUCUGGAGUCCCAGCGCAGCUUCUCCAUGCGGGACCGUGGCAACGUGGCCUCGCUCAUCAUGACCGUGCUGCAGAGCAAGCUGGAGUAUGCCACCGAUGUCCUCAAGCAGCUCCUGGCCGACCUCAUUGACAAGAACUUGGAGAGCAAAAACCACCCCAAGCUGCUGCUGAGGAGGACGGAGUCUGUGGCAGAGAAGAUGCUCACUAAUUGGUUCACCUUCCUGCUGUACAAGUUCCUCAAGGAAUGCGCUGGCGAGCCGCUGUUCUCCCUCUUCUGCGCCAUCAAACAGCAGAUGGAAAAGGGCCCCAUUGACUCCAUCACCGGGGAAGCCCGCUAUUCGCUGAGCGAGGACAAGCUCAUCCGGCAGCAGAUUGACUACAAGACACUGGAGCCCUGUGCCGAGGGGGUCCCAUGUCUUCCCCAAGGGUGUGGCUCUUCUCACUGCCCCUCUGUCUCCCUCCUUCAGGUCCUGAGCUGCGUGAACCCCGACAACGUGAACAGCCCAGAGAUUCCCGUGAAGAUCCUCAACUGCGACACCAUCACGCAGGUCAAGGAGAAGAUUCUUGACGCCAUCUUCAAGAAUGUGCCGUGCUCCCACAGGCCCAAAGCUGCUGACAUGGACCUGGAGUGGCGGCAGGUGAGUGGGGCCCGGAUGAUCCUGCAGGACGAAGACAUCACCACCAAGAUAGAGAACGACUGGAAGAGACUCAAUACCUUGGCACACUACCAGGUGCCAGAUGGGUCGGUGGUAGCAUUAGUCUCCAAGCAGGUCACUGCCUACAAUGCUGUCAACAACUCCACUGUCUCCAGGACCUCAGCUAGCAAGUAUGAAAACAUGAUCCGUUACACGGGCAGCCCAGACAGCCUGCGCUCCCGCACACCCAUGAUCACACCUGACCUGGAGAGUGGAGUCAAGAUGUGGCAUCUAGUCAAGAAUCAUGAGCACGGAGACCAAAAAGAGGGUGACCGGGGCAGCAAGAUGGUGUCCGAGAUCUACCUGACCAGGCUACUAGCCACCAAGGGCACUUUGCAGAAGUUUGUCGACGACCUCUUUGAGACGAUCUUCAGCACGGCGCACCGCGGCAGCGCCCUGCCCCUGGCCAUCAAGUACAUGUUUGAUUUCCUGGACGAGCAGGCAGACAAGCACAACAUCCACGACCCCCACGUGCGGCACACCUGGAAGAGCAACUGUUUGCCACUACGGUUCUGGGUCAACAUGAUCAAAAACCCCCAGUUUGUAUUCGACAUCCACAAGAACAGCAUCACAGAUGCCUGCCUCUCGGUGGUGGCUCAGACCUUCAUGGACUCCUGUUCAACCUCGGAGCACCGUCUGGGCAAAGACUCCCCUUCCAACAAGCUUCUGUAUGCCAAGGACAUCCCCAGCUACAAGAAUUGGGUGGAAAGGUACUACUCGGACAUCGGCAAAAUGCCGGCGAUCAGCGACCAGGACAUGAACGCCUACCUGGCGGAGCAGUCUCGCAUGCACAUGAACGAGUUUAACACCAUGAGCGCGCUCUCCGAGAUCUAUUCCUACGUGGGCAAGUACAGCGAGGAGAUUCUCGGAGCCCUCGAUCAAGACGACCAGGCCGGGAAACAGAAACUCGCCUACAAACUUGACCAAGUCAUAACCCUCAUGAGCAUAGAUAGCUGA